AUGUCCAAUACCACCACAUCGCGCCGCUCUCCAUGCCCGCAAUUGCCUUUGCCUUUCAAAGCCUCCAGUCUCCAGAAAGACUGUAUCGAUCCCUACGUCCCAUCAUUUUCACUAACUGGAAGUUCUGAUCUUAUAAUUCAGCCCUCUCCACGUCUCUGCCGUAGCGAUCUUACAGCUCCCACUUUCAAGGACCUUUCCGAACUCUCUCUAUUACGCAUCCUUGACCUCGCCCAUCCAGAAAAGGAGAACCCGCCACCCCGCCUGUUCCCCACCUCAGAGCGAGUGCAAGAUCAGUUCUUCUUUACUUGCGAGUGGAACGAAUUCGGGAAUCUUGAGACCGAGCACGCACGCUUGCUGUACACUCUUACCCGCUACCCCGAACGCGGACUUCCAUCUGUCUCUCGACCGCUCGUCGAGGCGUUGCUCUACUGUGAGAGUGUUCUUGAUGGCUGGCCAAGGGUUUCAGGCAGUGUUAAGCUAGGUGCAGAGAAGGUGCUGAGUGAUGUGCUGGGCCAGAUGGUUUUUGCCCAGCGAGGAACUAGAGACCGAAAGGAGGACUUUCUAACAGCACCGGUAGAGUAUGUGACUGGCGGAGGACCGCCGUAUCUUCAGGUGUCGUUGUGGAAGCGGGCACUCGCAGAGAUCACAAACGACCUGCAAGGCGGAAAUUCUAGUCGGGUAGAGCAGUUCCUACAGAUACAUGCAUGUCUAAAAGACCCAAUCGGUGGGCUUAAGUGCUGCUUUCGGAGACAGCUUGACAGCUUCAUGGGUUUAUUAGCGUCAUUGCGGAGCUCUCUAUCUAGAGAAACCACUGCGAUACCCCCAGAAACAUGGAAAGAUAUUGCGGCGCAGCUGGCAGCUGAGUCUUCGUUUUUGAGCAUACCAAGGCUACUUAAGGUUGUGUAUAUCCACUUUGUGGGCCACCAAAUGCUUCCAUAUGUCUAUGUCUCCCUCGACAAACUACCACGCGCCGAAUUCUCAAUUCCGAAGCGCGUGCUGGAAAUUAUGCGUGAGAUGGUUUCCGGCACUCCCAGCUCUGGCAGCUCCAUGUGUUGCGUUGCACCCAUCACCAUCGCAUAUUGCCCUUCACUGACGCGUGGAAGGAAGGCGGGGAAGGUCAUUCUUGACGGUAACAACAGAGUCGCUGCUAUCGCGGUGCUAAGGUUCCUGGCUACACUGACCGUUGGCGGAACCAAUGACAUGGUCAUGGGAAGCCUAGAACGCUACUGCACUUACCACGGAUUCGAUAGCAAGUGGCAUGUUGACCUUCGGGAUGUCAUCUCUGAGCUAUGGGGCUCUCCCGAGACUCUAAAGUAUCUCCGUGAGGAAUCCAGGGGCCUUGUUGCAAAGUUUAGGACGGUAGUGCGCGUUCCGGCACUUGUGGUCCAGGAACCAAGUUUUCAUACGGUGUGGGUCCCGAAAACAGGGGCUGAGAGAACGGCAUUACUUCAGCCUAUGCAUCAGUCUAUAUACAACGAUAGGUCCCUUUGCCUCGCAAUUCCAGCGAAGCAGCAGUCCCAUGGUAGGCCACUUGGGUUUUGGCCAUUGCCGUUGAAGUAG